AUGUCUGACGCCGCCGUUGUUGAAGCCACCGCAUCUCCAGUCGCCGCUGUUGAGAAAAAGGCACCUAAGAAAGCCGCUGCCAAGGCAAAGAAACCCUCUGCUGCCCCAAGCCAUCCACCAACCCAACAAAUGGUCGAUGCUGCCAUCAAAACAUUGAAAGAACGUGGUGGUUCCUCAUUGCCUGCCAUCAAGAAAUACUUGGCCAGCACAUACAAAGUUGAUGCUGUAAAAUUGGCCCCAUUCAUCAAGAAGUACUUGAAGAGCGCUGUUGCUAGUGGAAAAUUGAUCCAAACUAAAGGUAAGGGUGCCUCCGGUUCAUUCAAAUUGUCCCCAUCUGCCUCGAAGGAACCUAAAGCAAAGAGCGCUGAAAAGAAGAAGAAGGUCCCAGCCGGUGAUAAGAAAAAGAAGGCAGCAGCACCCAAAAAGGCAGCCGGUGAAAAGAAAGCCGCUGCAAAGAAGCCUUCCGCUGCUAAAAAGACCGCCGAGAAGAAGAAGACCGAAAAGGCCAAGGCUAAAACUGCCAAAAAGACAGGUACAGUUAAAGCUAAACCCGCAAAAACAGCCGCCAAAGCAUCAGCCACUAAACCAAAGGCACCCAAGGCAAAAACCACCGCUGCCAAGCCCAAAAAGGCUGCCGCAGCAAAGAAGCCAGCUGCCAAGAAGACCGCCGCUAAGAAGUAA